UCACUUUUCGAUUUUGACAUUUCGUUCCACGGUUUCUCGUAUUCCGCUUUCGCAUCUGAAAAUUAAAUUAAAUUAGUAAACAUGUCUGAUUUAUCGGACUUCUCAAGCGCAAAGCCUGGAGAUUCAGAGCUGCAGGACUUCCUUUUGGCUGAGAAGCAGAAGGCACAGUUUCAUGCCCAGAUCCAUGAGUUCAAUGACUUCUGUUGGGACAAGUGCGUGGACAAGCCUGGCUCCAAGCUGGACUCUCGCACCGAGACUUGCAUCACCAACUGCGUGGAGCGGUUCAUCGACACCUCCCUGCUCAUCACCAACAGAUUUGCUCAGAUGCUCGAGAAAGGAGGCGGAAUGCACUAAUUGUUUAUAGUUUAUAUUAAACUUGAUUUUAAGAUUGACUGCUAGUCAAAACGUGUUAAAGCUGAAACUGUGUAAUUAUUGUAUGCCAUCUGUUCAGACUUUAGUAAUUGGUUUAUGGUAUGGUCUAGUGAUAUGGUCACGGUAACUACUGUGUACAGAUACAAAAUAUUAUAUUACCAAGAAUAGAAUGCAUUUUUGCAAAAAGGGAUACACUUAAAUAAACUUAGCACUGGCACUGUGCAGUCAAGUAGGUUCUAAUAUUGUUGAUAAAAUUGAUGAAUGUUGAGUUAGUGUUAUAGUAAAAUGUGCUGGGUUGCAUUUAUUAAAAAUAAUUGCAGUU